UCAUAUUACUAUGAAUUUCCAUAAAAUAAGCUUCCUAGGAAUUGCCUUCUGCAUGUUUGUUUUCUUGUUCAAAUAUAGUCAAAAGGGGAGGGAGGUGAUGAUUCUUAUGUGAUUGUCUCAAGUCUAUGUCAUAUAUAAACCUCCACCAAGAGUCUUCAUUUUGUCACAAAACUAUUUACCAUGGAGAAACACUUCCUUCUUUCGAUUUCCCUUGUAUUUUCUUUUACUUUGUUUCAUUUAUCUCUGGCCUCCAUUGGGGUAACCUUUGAUGGGUCUGAAUGUUGGGGCUAUGUCGAAGUUCGACCUAAGGCACACCUGUUUUGGUGGCUUUAUAAAAGCCCUUAUAGAGUGGAAGAUCCAUCAAAACCAUGGCCAACAGUUCUAUGGCUCCAAGGAGGCCCAGGUGGCUCUGGUGUUGCAUUUGGAAAUUUCCUAGAGAUAGGACCACUUGACAGCAAUUUGAAGCCUAGGAAUUCUACAUGGCUUCACAAAGCAGAUCUCUUAUUUGUGGAUAGUCCAGUGGCUUCAGGGUUUAGUUAUGUAGAAGACCAGACCUUGGUGGUCAGGACUGAUGAAGAAGCAGCAACUGAUUUAACUACCUUAUUGAAGGAGCUCUUCAAUGGAAAUGGGACCCUCCAGAAGAGUCCUUUGUAUAUAUUUGCAGAGUCCUAUGGAGGAAAAUUUGCUGUCACUCUUGGAAUUUCUGCUUUUAAAGCCAUUGAAGCAGGGGAAUUAAAGCUUCAACUGGGAGGAGUUGCUCUGGGAGAUAGCUGGAUUUCUCCUGAAGAUUUUGUGUUUUCAUGGGGACCUUUACUUAAAGACUUAUCAAGAAUGAGCAGCAAUGGCUUAAACAUCUCAAACAGUUUGGCUUUAAAGAUUCAACAGCAGCUAGCCGAAGGCGAAUAUGAAAAUGCUACAUCAACGUGGAGUGAACUUGAGAAUGCUAUUCUAGCCUACAGUAACAAUGUGGACUUCUAUAACUUCAUGCUUGAUUUUGAUAAUGACCCGGUGGUGGGGAUCUCCAAACAAAGAUCAAAAGGACAUUCAAGAGAUAGGUACUCGAGAUAUCUUGAGGCAAGGUAUUAUCGAUCACCUCGUGCUAGGAACCUUUAUGGUUUGAUGAAUGGGCCUAUCAGAAAGAAGCUGAAGAUUAUUCCAAAGAAUGUCACUUGGGGAGGACAAAGUGGCUUGGUUUUUCAGGCUUUACUUGGUGACUUCAUGAAGCCUAGAAUCCAAGAGGUUGAUGAGCUCUUAGCCAAAGGUAUAAGGGUGAUCAUAUACAAUGGCCAGCUUGAUCUCAUAUGUUCAACCAAAGGAGCAGAAGCAUGGCUUAAUAAACUCAAAUGGGAUGGCUUGAAAAAUUUUCUGAGUGUGGAUCCUACUCCUUUGUAUUGCAAAGGUGAUAACACAACCACCAAAGGGUUCACAAGCUCAUACAAGAACUUGUCUUUCUAUUGGAUUCUGGGGGCUGGCCACUUUGUUCCAGUUGAGCAGCCCUGCAUUUCUCUGCAGAUGGUGGGGAAUGUUACCCAAUCGCCUAAUAAUUCUUAGAAUUUAGUUUGUAUAAUUAUGGAAUUUAAUUUAUGAAUUCAAAUUUAAUAUAUUUCAUGUAAAAUAAUUCAUUUGAAAUUUU